AUGGAUCCGCCACGCCUCGUCGAAUCGCUGAGCAGUCGGGAGGUGCUGCCCCCCAGCGCCAGCCAAGCGGACGUGUAUGCGGCCGCGGUGCGGCCCAUCGUGGAGGACGUGCUGGCCGGCUACAACGGCACCGUCAUGGCCUACGGCCAGACGGGGGCCGGCAAGACGCACACGCUGUCCAGCGUGGCACCGGAGACGAUUGGCGCCGUGCCCCGCGCGGCGGCGGAGGUCUUCGCCGGGGUCCAGCGGGGCGGGGAGGACGUGCACGCCGUCUACAUGUCCUACGUCCAGAUCUACAUGGAGUUGAUCCAGGACCUGUUGGCGCCGGAGAGCGAGAACCUGCAGAUCCGGGAGGGGGAGGCGGGGGUGUUUAUCGCGGGGGUCAGGCAGGUGGAGGUCAGGAGGCUGGAGGACUGCCUGGAGCUGCUGCAGGCAGGGGACAGGAACAGGACCACAGCCUUCACGGCCAUGAACGCGGUGUCCAGCCGCAGCCACGCGGUCUUCAUGCUGACGGUGGUCAAGCGCAAGCCGGUGGGGGACGGCUCCGACCUGCACCGCGUCCGCAUUGGCAAGCUCUUCAUGGUGGACCUGGCGGGCAGCGAGCGGCUGAAGAAGAGCGGCAGCACAGGGCUGCGUGCCAGCGAGGCCAAGAGCAUCAACCUGUCCCUGACCACCCUGGGCAUGUGCAUCAAUGCUCGGGCCGAUCCCGCCGCCACCCACGUCCCCUUCCGCGACUCCAAGCUCACGCGGCUGCUGCAGGAUUCGCUGGGCGGCAAUGCCAAGACCUCGCUCAUCGUGGCCGUCAGCGACGCCUACGAGCAUGUGGAGGAGAGCGUGCAGAGCCUGGCGUUUGGCAUGCGGGCUAUGCGCGUGACCACCCAGCCCAAGGUGAACGAGCGACUGGACUUUGCCUCCCUGGCCAUGGGCCUCAAGGAGGGUCUCGGCCAGGCCUCAGCGGCCGCCGCACCCCACGAUGCACGUGCCCUGGCCCUGGAGCGCUCGCUGCUGGCGCAGGAGAGCGAGCUGGAGUACCUGCAGCAUGCCCUGCAGGCGGAGCGGGAGCGGGUGCGUCAGACGGCCGCGGGCGCGGCUCAUGACAGGGAGGCGCUAGACCGAGUGCGGGCCCAGGAGGCGGAGGCGCUCCGCUCCGAGGUGGCUGCCCUGCAGGCGGAGGUGGAGCGGGCGAGGGGCGAAGCGGCGGCCGCGGAGGCGCUGCGACGCGAGGAGGAAGCGCGGCACGCCAGCGAGUGCGCCGAGCUGCGCGGCGCUGCUGCCGCGGCCGCCGCGGCCGCCGAGCAGGCGACAGACCGGCUCGCGCGGGCUACCGAAGAGCACGCCGUGGCCGCAGUGGGCGCGGCGCGUCGGGCGGAGGCGGAGCGGGCGGCGGCGGCGGCGGCAGCCGCCGAGGCACAGCGGGCCUUGGAGGCCGAGCUGGCCGGCCUGGCCCCACGCCUGGCCACCGCCGAGCAGCAGCUGGCGGGUAGCCGCCGGCUGCAGGAUAUGCUGACGGUGCAGCACGAGCAGCAGUUGGCGGAGCUCCAGAGCAAGGCCGAGGGCGAGCUGCGUGCACAGAAGGAGGCGGCGAGGGGUGAGAUUUUCGCUGCGCAGGAGGGUGCGGCGCGGGCCGAAUGUGAGGCGAGGGACACCAUCAGCAGGCUGGAGGGAGAGCUGGAGAGGUCGCAGGCAUACGGCAGGGAGCUGCAGCAGCGGGUGGACGUGCUGGAAGCGGAGAUCCUCCAGGCCGCGGACCACAGCGCGCACGCCGCGGCGGCCCUGCGCGCCGCCAACGAGUCCCUGGCGCGCGAGCGGGAGCUGGGCCGCGCGCUGCAGCGCCGGCUGGCGGCGGGGGAGCGGUCGCGCGAGACCAUGGCCGCCAGCUGGCGCGAGCACAAGCGCGUGUCCGACGCGGCGCGCACAGUGCAGCGCGCGUACCGUGCGUACCGCCUGCGCAUCAUCCGGGACCAGGCCCACGCCGGGUCGCGGGCCCUGACCGACGCGCGCAGCCGGCUGGGCAGCCUGGCCGCGGAGCGGGACGCGCUGGCGCGGAAGAGGCGCGCCGACCUGGCCUUCUCCGGCCAGACCCUGGUUCGGGAGAACCUGGCGGUGCUGCAGGAGGGCGUGGAGAGCAUCGUGGCCGCCUUCCUCCUGCCUGCCCGCGACCUCAAGAGCCUGGCGCGAUACGCGCAAAAGGUGGGCGGCCAGACCCCAGGUGGCCUGCGCACCCCCACUUCCGCGGUGAGGGGCGAGGCGACGCCCACGCUGUCGCGGGCGGGGAGCAUGACCGGGACGGAGGGUCUCAUCCGCGCCUUUCACCCGCUGAUGCAGAGCGUGCGCAGCACGCCACGCGCCACGCGACUCAAGGACUGA